AAGUGAACUCGGCAGAGAGCGGUGUGAGUGUGUGUGUGGGGGAGGGAGGCAGCGUAUUGUGCACGCCAAAAAAAAAACACCCGCACAAGCACGGUUCUCAGGCAGUGCAACAUCCACACAUCCUCCACUCAUCUGGAUGCAGCAUCGCAGCGCUGCAUCGCAGCAGGGGGCUACACGGGGGGACAGACCACCGGCGCAUGCAUGCAUUGUCAGCAUGUUUACCAUCGGCGUCAGACGGCAUGAUGUGAAAAAAUAGUAACUCGCAUUGCGAAUACAUUCACCGGCGUUAUUGACGGGGACACUGCGGCUAUGACUAAGGACAAGGCCGUAAACCGGACGCUCCAGUAUCAGCAAACUUUGAUGUAUGGGCGCUACACCCAGGAGCUGGGGGUGUAUGCCAAGGAGGAGGCGGCACGGCUACGUGACGGCGGGGGGCCGCGGCGGGGCGCCAGCGUGCGUGGCCGCGCCGCACAGAUCCUGGAGUACGAGAAGGACCCGUGUGCCAAGUGCCAGCUGUGCGCGUCCCGCUGCCAGAAGUUCCUAAUCUCACGGGUGGGCGAGGACUGGAUCUUCCUGAUCCUGCUGGGGCUCCUGAUGGCGCUGGUCAGCUGGGUCAUGGACUACGCCAUCGCCUUCUGCCAGGAAGCACAGAAGUGGAUGUACAGCGGUCUGGACAGCAACAUGCUCCUCCAGUACAUAGCCUGGGUCACCUACCCUGUAGUGCUCAUCACAUUCUCAGCGGGAUUCACACAGAUACUGUCUCCACAGGCUGUGGGUUCGGGCAUCCCUGAAAUGAAGACCAUCCUAAGAGGCGUGGUGCUGAAGGAGUACCUCACCUUCAAGACGUUUGUGGCCAAGGUCAUCGGUCUGACGUGUGCCCUGGGCAGCGGCAUGCCCCUGGGCAAGGAGGGCCCGUUCGUUCACGUCGCCAGCCUAUGUGCCGCGCUCCUGAGCAAAUUCAUGGUGGCUCUGUUUGGAGGGACCUACAUGGUGAAGCCCUUUGAGGGAAACAAGAACGAGAUGCGCAACACGGAGAUGCUGUCGGCGGCGUGCGCGGUGGGCGUGGGCUGCUGCUUCGCGGCUCCCAUCGGAGGGGUGCUGUUCAGCAUCGAGGUCACCUCCACCUUCUUUGCGGUGAGGAACUACUGGAGGGGCUUCUUCGCAGCGACCUUCAGCGCCUUCAUCUUCAGAGUGCUGGCCGUCCUGAACCAGGAAGAAGAGACCAUCACGGCCCUCUUCAAGACACGCUUCCGCCUCGACUUCCCCUUUGACCUCCAGGAGCUGCCAGCCUUCGCCGUCCUCGGGAUUGCCUGUGGUUUUGGCGGUGCUCUGUUCGUCUACCUGAACCGACUGAUCGUGGAAUGCAUGAGGAAGCAGAAGACCAUCAACAAGUUCCUGCUGAGAAAGCGGCUGGUGUACCCCGCCAUGGUCACCCUGCUGAUCUCCACCCUCAUUCCCCCGGGGUUCGGACAGUUCAUGGCCGGACAGCUGACCCAGCACGAGUCUCUGGUGGCGCUGUUCGACAACCGCACCUGGUGCCGCCACGGCGUGGCCGAGGAGUUUGAGUACAUCGGCCACUCCCACGGCUGGAAGCACCCCCACGUCAAUGUCUUCAUCACGCUUAUCCUCUUCAUCAUCAUGAAGUUCUGGAUGUCGGCGGUCGCCACCACUAUGCCCGUUCCCUGCGGGGCCUUCAUGCCUGUGUUCCUAAUCGGCGCGGCUUUCGGGAGACUGGUGGGGGAGGUCAUGGCAACCAUGUUUCCCGACGGUAUCCACGCCGACGGCCGGGUGUACCCCAUCGUGCCGGGGGGCUACGCUGUCGUGGGUGCCGCUGCCCUCUCCGGAGCCGUCACCCACACGGUGUCCACGGCGGUCAUCGUGUUCGAGCUGACGGGCCAGAUCUCCCACAUCCUGCCCGUGAUGAUCGCGGUGAUCCUGGCCAACGCCGUGGCCCAGUCCCUGCAGCCCUCCCUCUACGACUCCAUCAUCCGCAUCAAGAAGCUGCCCUACCUGCCCGAGCUGGGCAUGGGACACCACGAGGGGAGUCGGGACCGGCCUGCUACCGGUUGGCCAACGACCGGGCAUGCGCAGUGCCAAGCAUGCGGCCGCAGUAGGUUACGGCACAGAGGGGGGUUCUGGGAAGGCGUCGUGAUCUCCACAGAGGAGUCCACCUCCUUCAGCCCAGUGGCCAGCGGCGCUCAGCUGCCUCUGAAGUCGGCCAUGAAGGCUGUGUCAGCCAUCAGCGAAACAGAGACGCCCAAUAGUUCUCAGACCAUCUCCUGCACUGACCAUGGGAAGGAGUCUCUCGAGGGUUUGGCCGGGCCAACCCCGCCCACCGGCAGGAAGCCCAAGCUCAAACGAGUGAGGAUCUCCAUGGCGGACGCCACAGAGGUGGACGACGACAUGAGCACCACAGAGAUCUCAGAGUGGGAGGAGCAACAGCUGGACGAUCCCGUGGACUUCAAGAACUGCAAGAUAGACCCCGCCCCCUUCCAGCUGGUGGAGAGGACAUCUUUGCAUAAGACCCACACCAUCUUCUCUCUGCUGGGCCUGGAUCACGCGUACGUCACCAGCAUCGGCCGUCUCGUCGGAGUGGUCUCCCUUAAAGAGCUGCGUAAGGCCAUAGAGGGAUCUGUGACGGUGACCGGAGUGAAAGUGCGCCCCCCACUGGCCAGUUUCCGCGACAGCGGCAACAGCACAAAUGUAUCUGAUAUUACAGAUCUCCACAAGCUGUGGGUCCGCCACAGAGGCCACUCGUUGCCACGGGAACCAACACCCCCCGAGGCCGAGGACCAAUUGGAUCUCCCGUACGAGGAGAUCCCGGUCGACUUCUCCGACCAAUCGAAUAUUCAGUUUGAGAGCAGCCUGGGCGACGUCAUCACCCCCCCGUCAGAGCUGGUGCUCCAGGAGAGCCCCUCCUUCACCGAGGACCAAUCGGAGUUCACCUUCGAGUGCAGCCCCUCCCACACCGAGGAGUCGGAGCUGGGCUGUGACUAUGAGCCGCCGAGUGACACUCCCGAGCCGGACCAGUUAGAGACACCGACAGAUGAGCUGAGCCCCUCCCCUCCCCCAAACCUGGACCGGAUUGAGAUUUCGUCAGAGUCUGACGGUCAUGACUCCUCCCCCUCCCCCUCUGCCUCCCCCUCCUCCCCCCCAGCUGCAGAUCAGACCGAGUGAUACCGGGGGGCAGUGGAUAGUUCAGGGGUCCCACACCGCGGUGUCUACGGUCGUAGAGGUCACCUCCAAGUCCAGCCUAGAUAUCUAUUUCUGUAUUAUUGCAUUUAGUAGGGCUGUGUGUGUGUGUGUGUGUGUGUGUGUGUGUGUGUGUGUGUGUGUGUGUGUGUGUGUGUGUGUGUGUGUGUGUGUGUGUGUGUGUGUGUGUGUGUGUGUGUGUGUGGGGGGGUGCGUGAGCGAGGACGAGAUAGAGAGAAAGAAGAAAGCAAUUACGUGUCAAAAAUGUAUAUGGUUUGAUAUUGUGAAAGCGUCAAUAGGAUUUUAAUUGUGUGUGUGUGUGUGUGUGUGUGUGUGUGUGUGUGUGAGUGUGCGUAUGAAUGAAUCAUGGAACUUGGUCCAUGAUUGAAUUGGGUCUGGAUUCUAAUCCCUUCAUUUGCCUCUCCAUGCCAAAGUAGAGUCCUCUUCCCGCAGACGGACCCAGGAGAGAAAUGAAAUGACCCCCGACACAUCAGAAAGAGGAUUCACAGAACGAAAUUAAAAGGACAAAAAAGCGAAAUUUAGUACGAGAUUGAACAAGGUGACAUGACUUCUCGAACGCACAAUUUUCACACCUAAACCGACUACCUAACCACACUUUGAAAGGUGUGGGCCAACCUGUUUGCCAAGCUAAGUGUUAUCACUAAGUGACUCCAAGCACAUUGUAAGUACCAUGAAUAGAGCAUACUGCACACAGAGCCCUCUUUGGCCUCAUAGGAUCUGAUUUGAUAAGGACAGAAGUGUUUAUCGUUUGUCUUGUUGAGGUUUUUUAAACAUUUACACAAACAGCCUAAUUUGAAUGUGAUGAAAUGCCUCUAUGUUAUCUAUUGUGUGACUUGACUUGACCGUAUUUAACUUAUUUCUAGCAUGAUGAAGGGACAGCAGGAUUGGAAGAACUAUAUAUUUAACUGACUGUUGUGUAGAAAAGGCCACACAUAUAUACGCAAACAAACAAUUUAUACACCCAAGGACACAGAAACAGAACUUUUGGUUUGUAAAUAUUACCAUCCUAAAAUGAAAAAUCGUAGCGUUUCUCGAACACAUCGCACAACGACAAAACACGGGCCAAAGCAUUGAUUAGAAGUUGAACUCCAAGCACAGUGAUACCCGAAGUACAAGUCUUAAACCUGUUUUAGAGCCGUGUGUGUGUGUGUGUGUGUGUGUGUGUGUGUGUGUGUGUGUGUGUGUGUGUGUGUGUGUGUGUGUGUGUGUGUGUGUGUGUGUGUGCGUGUGUCUGUGUGUGUGUGUGUGUGUGUGUGUGUGUGUGUGUGUGUGUGUGUCUGUGUGUGUGUGUGUGUGUGUGUGUGUGUGUGUGUGUCUGUGUCUGUGUCUGUGUCUGUGUGUGUGUGUGUGUGUGUGUGUGUGUGUGUGUGUGUGUGUGUCUGUGUCUGUGUCUGUGUGUGUGUGUGUGUGUGUGUGUGUGUGUGUGUGUGUGUGUGUGUGUGUGUGUCUGUGUCUGUGUCUGUGUGUGUGUGUGUGUGUGUGUGUGUGUGUGUGUGUGUGUGUGUGUGUGUGUCUGUGUCUGUGUCUGUGUGUGUGUGUGUGUGUGUGUGUCUGUGUCUGUGUCUGUGUCUGUGUCUGUGUCUGUGUCUGUGUGUGUGUGUGUGUGUGUGUGUGUGUGUGUGUGCGUGUAGAUGUGUGCGCGUGUGUGUGCGUGUAGAUGUGUGCGCGUGUGUGAAUUCUUGUUGAAAACUCCGUACGACCUGAAAUAGUCGUAAACCUUCUCUGUCCCCGAUGAAUUCGACGUGAGGUCACCGACUCAUACCCACGAGGCUUCUCCUUAGUAUGUGUUAACAUUUGUGCAAUAAUCUAUUGCUGUCUUUUGUAUGCAUACUGAAUGUGAAAAAUUGCUUGCCAUAUAAGAUAAGAGUUUAAUGUAGAAAGUGUAUAAGCUCAUUCGCAGCGCCUCUAGUUCAGCAAUAAGGAUAGUAUCUCCCUUUAUAUGGCCCUGGCCUGUAUAUGCUUUGUACAUAGAAACAUCCUGUGUGGAAGUCGACGUACAUUUUACUGUACAUACAGGGGGAAUUAUGCAUUUGAAAUCAACAGCCAUUGUUAUUUUUCAGAGGACACCGACUUUUUUUUUUUUUUACAUCAGUAAAGAAAUAAAUUUAAGACAUUUGAGAGUAACGCUGAA